GUGCUCCCGCAGCUGUUCGCCGGCCGCGCCCCACGCCUCGAGCGCCUCACCCUCCGCGGCGUCGCGUUCUGGCCCGGCAAUGACUUCACGGGCCUCACCCACCUCGGCCUGUACGACCAGCCGCCCACCGCGCGCCCCACGCUGGCCGCCUUCCUCGACCUCCUCACAGCCUGCCCGCGCCUCGAGCAGCUCGCGCUC